AUGGCCGGCUACGAGACAUCAAUAGUUCAACUGAAGACCCGAAGCAUCCGCAAGGUUCCCAGGCGAUGGACCAAACGUGUGGAAUCCGCGCCUCCAUGCGGCAAGAACGACGACGGCUCGCGAUAUGCCCGGCUGGCGCGGACAGGGGAGAUGCGCGACGGGGCAUGGAGCACCUCCGCGUGGUAUGGGCGACGGCUGGCUGCAAAUGUGAUAUGGGCCGCUAUGCGCGGGGAUAACUCUCAUUCCGACGCAAAAUCGUUCAUACCGACGCACACGAAAAACUUUGUCCGCACGAACACGUCGCCCUCGCAGUACACGACCAGGUUCGAAACGCCGUGCUCUGCGCGAUGUGGACCGGUUCAAGAAGUUGUGGGGACCACGCUACAUCGUGCCAACAGGACGACGUCGCGAAGGAAGUGUCGUGCUCCGGCCGCGCCGAUGGCUGAAGAAGUCCGGCGAGAGCAGGGAGCUGCCCAGCGGGCUCUGCGCGAGCGGGCCCGCGGGACGGACGGCAGCAUGGCGUACAGGACGCUCUGGCUAUGCCCUCAGCCCCCGGUCCCGGCUCUCGAUGUCGAUGCUCGAUGGGCGGUGUCGAGUGUGCUGAACUCGAAGCGGCCUACGCAACUGCGCUGCGUCCCGCGAGCCUCCCCGGGCCCUAACAUCGACGACCCGAGGCUACCCUAA